UGCCCCAGCUGAGCCACGGCUGAUCCGAUCGCAUUCUCAAUCUCGCGCGCAUUGCCACCCUCCUCGGUCGACACUCCCGGUGCUCCGCGAAUCUGGAAUCUGCGAGGUUUUGGGCUUCCACGAGCUUCGUCCCGAAUCCUGAGUCCUGUUCCCGCGGGUGCGGCGUUUGUUUGGGUGUCUCGAGUGUGCCACUGCCGCGCGCAUGUAUCCGACCGAGAGCGCUGCUUCGGGAGCGGGAGACAGCAGGCUCCGGCCCUCGCCGCUGCUCCGCGUAGCAGUCACGCUUCUAGUCCUCCAGUGCGCUGUUGAUUACUGUCUCGCCGCCAGCGUCCCCACAUCCGCCAAACAAGACACCAACAUGGUCGAUCAGUAUUUGAACAAGAAGUACAAGCUCGAUUCCAGCGAGAACUUCGAGGAAAUCAUGAAAGCCCUCGGCGUGGGUCUGUUCACGCGGAAGGUCGGAGCAGCAGUCUCGCCGGUGAUGGAGCUGACCAAGAACGGAGACACGUACACGCUGACGUCCAAGUCGACGUUCAAGGACACGACGACCAAUUUCAAGCUCGGCGAAGAGUUCGACGAAGAGACGCCCGACGGCCGCAACGUCAAGUCCGUCAUCACGCAGGAGGGCAACAAGCUCAUCCAGAUCCAGAAGGGCGACAAGGUCACCAAGAUCAUCCGCGAGUUCACCCCCGAAGAAGUCAAAAUGGUAUUGACUGUGGAUGACAUCACUUGCACCCGUAUCUACAAGCCAGUAGAAUGAUGAUCCUCACUGACAGAUGUAAAUUUGACAGCGCUUUGAUCCUAAGUCGAAGCAAUUUAGGUUAAGCCUCAUUAAGUUACUGAACUGAUUUUUAUAUGUGAUAAAAGAAUCUUACCUACUUUAAGCCAUUGCCCCUCAGAAGUUGCCCCUCUUUUUUUUAUUAAUAUUUAUUUUUUUAUUUAAAGAGCGUCUCAAAAGCCAAUGAAUAAGCUAAAGAAUUACCCAACUUCUCAUUAUGAUUAAGACAUUAAAUUCUUAAUUUUGUACACAUUUAUAUAAAAUAUACAUUAAGCUUAAGAAUUUUAAG